AGUGAUCUGACUUGCUAGCGCUGCUCCCUGUAUAAUCAAUGAGAUGAUACAUGUCCAUUUCGAUCUCAUUUUCACUAGCCUCAAUAUUGAGCAGCUACACAUUCUUUACGAGGAAAUGAAAGGCCAUGGGCACAAAUAAGUUCAUAACAGCCAUAGCGAACAGCUACUUUGCACGGUUAGCGAAAUUUAAGAAAGAAAUGCGGGCCGAGUUGUAAAGCGGACAGACGUCUUUUUGCCGGGCCUACGCAUUAUAUCCGUCGCUAUCCAAGACCAAGAAGUUGAAAGGCUAUCAUGAAAUAAUUUGUGGGGUCUUUUCUUGUCCCUAUUCCAUUUCCUGUAAGCAGAACAGACAAAGCACCCAUCUUUUUUGUCUUCGCCACUGCGAAGGAUUGCCAAGGCGUUCUUGAAAUUAACAGAGCAAGAAUUCUUGGUCCGUAUCGAACUAGAGAAAACCUUGUUUCUCACCCUCUCUUGGUUUCUAGUAGGCGAGUCACACUAUGAAUUCCCCUUCUCAAAUUACACGUAUCCCCCUUCGUGACCCGACCACGAGUGUGUGUGUCCAGAGGAACAGAGAAGAUUGGUUCCGACAAGAUGGGUUUGGAGGCCGCCAAUUCUUCGUCUCCUGGGGAAACGGUGAUCGUGGUGAUGGACGCCAACAGGAGCAGAGGGAACGUCCAGGCUCUUGAAUGGGCGCUCAGGCACGUUGCCCGACGAGGACACACUGUUCUUGUUCUUGGCGUCUUCUGCGAGAUUGGCAAGCGCGCUUCCUGCUUUCCUUUUCAUAUGGGGGAGAAACUAGAGCCCUUAGGAGAAGGGGAAGUGGAUCCAACAGAGCUCGAGGAAGAGAUUGCCAAAAAGAGGGAGGAAUACAAGAGUUACCUCCAGCCAUUUUAUCGGCACUGCAAGAAAAAUGAGGUGAAAUUGGAAAGUAAAAUUGCUGCUGGAUUUUGUCGGAGAAAAUUAACAGUUGACGAAGCACAAAGCUGCAAAACUUGUUGGAUCAUCUUAGACAGCCAUCUAAAGAAAGACAAAACCUACAUAUAUGCGCAUGUGGGCUGCAAUCUCGCACUAGUCAAGGGCAAAGAUGUGGUGACUUUAAUGCCUUCAAAAGUAAUCCUGCAGGAAAGUUCUUCUCUGAAGCAUAGAAGGGUUGAUGAUGCACUUCUCCACAAUGAUCCUAUUACAGAUAACCAGGAAGACAAGUCCGUAACACCUCCACCUAAGACCCGCUGCUGGUACCCACUCGCAUGGAGAACUGGCUUUCCUCGGUCCUUUACUGAGAGUGAGCUUGAAGUGAUAACCAGUGGUUUUUCCAAGGAGAGUAUCGUGCAAACUCUAGAUAAUGUACAAGUGUAUCAAGGACAAUUUCAGGAAACACCUGUCCUGGUAAAUUGUUUCUCGCAAAAUGAUGAGCGUUUUUGGUCAAUGCUAAGAAUCCUUUCCCGUGUACGCCACCGCAAUAUCUUGAAUAUUGUUGGGUACUGCUUCACGGAUUCUUCCAUGUCCUUGCUCUUCGACUUCCUCUUUAUGGGUACCUUAGAAAUUAACUUGCAAAAUAACAAUUUGGCUGAAAAAAUAUCAUGGAAAGCAAGAUGGUACAUAGCGGUGGAAAUAGGUGCAUGUUUGCGCUAUCUUCAUGAGGAAUGUGUUGAUGGAUUGAUCGUGCAUCUCUUUGUCUGCUCCAGUCAUGUCAUCUAUCCUCUUGGUGGCUCUGCAAUGCUUGCAAACUUCAUGAGUGCCAAGUGCCUCAAGGACAGUUCUCCCAAACACAAUCAAUCAUUGGCUCACUGCCUGAAUCUGCAAGCAGAUGAUGGCAUUGCUAUUGAUGUGCAUGACUAUGGGAUUUUCCUGUUGGAGCUCAUAACAGGAAGGAGUGCCCAAUGUUUUCUGGACCCCAACAAGGAGGAUCUCAUUGACUGGGUGAGAUGGUUGAACUGCAUCAGGCAAAUAGAUAUUUUCUUCCUCCUUGGCGUAAUGUUGACAAACCUUUAUUUUUCGUCAUACUUUCUGGCUUUACCGGAAAUAGAAAAUGGUUCUCUGAGUGAAGUCAAGGAUCCAAGAUUGACAGAUACUACUGAUGAUAGAUUAAUCCAUCAUAUGGCUCAAGCUGCGUUGCUCUGCCUGCAUGAUUUUAAUCGUGGAAUCUCCAUGAGCGAGGUUUUAGCCGUGGUUCGAGGUCAUCAAAUGGCAAGACCUGGUGCUUAGGAUUUCUCGGACGAAGAAGUCUACGUGUUUUUGUUUCUGUGAUCAAUGACCGGUCUUAUUUAGAAGAUAAACAGGAACCCUAUUGGGGGCAGGAUGAUUUGGAUGAACCUGUGCUCCAAAUCAUCAAGAAAAAUAAAUUACCCAUGUCAUGUAAUAACAAAGAUGAGAAUCACCACUUUCUUUCUUGUCCUUCGCUCUCAUCUCCAUGGCAUUCUUGCAUUUCUUAUGGAACUCGGAUGCUAUUCAUCGGUCCUGAUCAUCAAAUUAAAUGGUAAAGUCUACCUCUUUUUA